UGAAAAUUAUUAUCCAGCAAUUUUACUUAUAUCUAUCGUCGUACAAAAAAAUUUAAGUCAAAAUACUUUAAUUUGGUAUUAUCUUUCAAUAAAUAAGGAAAACCAUAUAUAUUUAUUAAUAACACAAGUCCUCUAUAACCUAAUUCUGAAGUAAACAAUAAAAACCUAAACAUGUGUUUCAGUGCCGGUAACGCUUCGUAACAUUUCGAACGCUUUUUUCUAAGCUGAUAUAACGUAAUAUUUAAUUUUAAGCUACAAAUCUGAUAUAUUGCAAUAUAAACUGUAUGUUAAGGAAUUAACUCGAAUAAAUACUCGAUUCAAUUUGGUGUAUUUUUGUGCCAAAAAAAAGACAUGAGGUUUCAUGUAGGAGCUGUCAAUCUGAUCAACAGGAUCGGAAAAGUAAUGUCGAAUUCGAAAAAAUCAAAUCGUCCCUUUACUGUUAUCGUUGAGGGAAAUAUUGGCAGCGGAAAAACAACAUUUUUAAACCAUUUUCAGCGAAAUUCAAAUAUAUUAGUUUUAUCAGAACCGGUGGAAAUGUGGAGAAAUUGUGGGAAAGCUAAUUUAUUGGGUUUGUUAUAUGAAGAUCCAAAACGUUGGUCGUUCACAUUCCAAUCAUAUGUUCUCCUAACAAUGAUUCAACAGCAUUUUUUAAAGACAGAGAGGAGUAUAAAGUUAAUGGAAAGAUCAAUAUACAGUGUGCGAUAUUGCUUUGUGGAUAACAUGCAAAGAGAAGGGCUCAUGCCGGCACCUUCUGUUGCAGUAUUGAAUGAGCAGUUUAAUUGGUUGCAAAGUAAACCGGAAGCAAAAGUUGAUUUGGUGGUUUAUCUUAGAACAAGCCCAGAAAUUGUUUAUGAACGAAUGUUGCAAAGAAAUCGUGAUGAGGAAAAAACUGUAUCCAUAGAAUAUCUAAAAAAAUUACAUGAUGUUCAUGAAAACUGGCUUUAUUAUAAAAACGCGUAUAGUUGUCCUGCACCUGUAUUAGUUUUGGAUGCUAAUUUGGAUAAGAAGACUAUUGUGAAAGAGUACAUUAAAUCAGAAAAACUGAUAUUGAAUAAGUUAUCUAUUUCUAUUUAACUGAAUUUUCUAGAUCUGAAAUGUAUUUAAUUUUGAAUAUUUUGUUAUUAUGUAAUAAUUGAUAAACAUUGAUUAAUACAAUUUAUUAUU